AUGCAGCAUUUUGUUAACGGUGACGGAGCAAAAGCAGCAAAAUUUCUCAAUAACAAGCAACACAACAGAACAACAAUCAAACACGCAACAACUCAAUGCUGCAACACAACGACACACACAUUCUGCAGAACGGCAAGGCGUGAUUCUCGACAGAUGGCGCUCUUAAAGAUACGAACGCAGACUUCUAUUAAUCAAAAAUCUAAACGUUCCUCGUCAAUUGCGACAGAAAACGUCGGGAAAAUAAAAAAGAAUAUAAGAUGUCCCUAUCUUAGGUUCGAAGAUGUUAUACAAUAUGGAGGAGGAAAUACGAUAUUUUUAAGCUCAAAAUGA